AUGGACGGCUGUUAUGAACUUUGUCUCACACCUGUGCCCUCCCAUUUGUUGGGAAAAAGGAAAGAAAGAAAGGAAGAAGUUUUAGGCAUGCAGAUACGAGGAGAGGUUGGGACGAUGGAGAGCAUUGAGUCCAAUGCAGUCACGGCCACCAGCGAGGAGGAAGAUAGAGAUGGGCCAGACCGCAUGGAGGGCAUGGAUGCCAGAGCAGGAACCUCUUGCUUCCAGUCUCAGUCGGUUCACUCCAGUGGACAGGGUGUGCAGCAACAGGAAACCCAAGAUAUGGACGUGUGUGAAGAAAGAACACCAGUGAAUGAUGUUGGUGUAGAGGGAAGUGAAAAUCUGAGUUCAUGUGACUCAGUGAGGGAAAGGAUGUUGGACUGCAUAUCGCAGACAGAUGCGUUUUUUCGCAGUCAACAACGAGGUGAACCAGAUCUGAGGUGUGAAGAGAAAAGGAGCAUUGCGAGCAACCUAUUGGACAAGAACCUGGUGACAUUUUUGCUUCGAUAUGGUGACUUCUUGCAAGCAGAGCAUCUAGAGUAUUUUGAGAGCCAUCCAGAAAAUGUGGAGAACUCAGAAGUGCGUUCCUGUUUCAAGGAAGUGUGCAGGAGAAAAGAACAUGCCAGGACAAUAGUGAAAAAUAGGCGUUUCAAGGCCCUCAAGGGGAGAGUGACAGAGGGGGAUGAUUUUGAUGAGGCAGAAAUGAAAAUAAGAAAUCCUUCCCUCUACGAAGAGAUGAUCGGUCGCUUUCAGUCCGAAGAGGAAAAGGAACAGCUGGAAAGGGAACUCCUCUACAAGGACUGCAAGCUCUCAUCCAUACUGCUCGGGCAUCAUGACAAGGAAUACUACAAGAUGCGCGAGCGGGAGAAAGAGCACGAAGACGAGGAACUAGAUGAGAGCGAUGAAGAAUGCCCAGUGAGGAAAAACCAAGCUGCAGAGGAGAUAGAGGACGAGGAGAAGGCGAACCUCCGAGAAGAAUUCCGGGACAUUGUUUUCGAGAACUUCCUGGAAGGGAAGGAGGAGGACUUCGACUAUGCCCAGGUGGACCGGAACGAUGAAUUCGACGAUCUCGAGAUGGAGGACCAGGACGCCGAAGAUGCAUAUUUUGACUCCGAAGAGCCUGCCGGGGCAAAGCCAUUAUUGUCGGGUUCAGACAGUUCUUUGAACACCCGCUCUGAAGAGGGAGGGAUGUCUCUCACCGUGGAGUUCAAAAUGUUGGAAACAGUUUUCCUCAUCACGGUGGAGCCAGUGCUGUUUCUGUACAUGUUAGGGACAUUUAUGCAAUACAUAGCAUUGCAAGAUCUAGUCUACUCCAAAGUAUGCCUCGGGAAGUAUCCCUCCAGCACCUGUGAUAACCUGGAAGAUGAUGCGAUGGCGAGGAGUCUGGUUCAGCGGGAGUCUUCGUAUUGGAUUCUCGUGUCCACAGUCGCCCUCACGCUUCCGUCCAUCCUCGCAGUGGGGUAUGUCGGAUCCUGGAGUGACCGCUACGGUCGCAAGUUCCCCCUGCUGUUCCCGUGUGCGGGGAAUGUUUUUGCAUCUCUAGUCUACGUCUUCCUCUCAGAGUUUCCCAAUGCACCAGUGGGAUUGAUCAUCCUGAGCAGCAUCAUCUCGGGAGUGUCUGGUGGUUUCGUAUGCAUCAUCAUGGCAUCAAUGAGUUACAUUUCAUCAGUCUCCUCCACCAUGAAUCGCACAGUGCGCAUCUCGGUCUUGGAAUCGAUGACUUUCUUGGGAGGGACGUUGGGUCCAUUCAUAGGGGGUUUCAUCAUGAACACACAUGGUCAUUCAUAUGUAUUUUUGGCCAUCCUCAUCUGUAAUGUCUUGGCAGUUUUCUACGUCCUUUUUGUUGUGAAGAAUGUCCGGGCACCCCGAGACACCAAGGUCGACCUCUCUUCAUAUGCCAGUUACUUUCAGCUGGGACACCUCAAGGCAUUCCUCAGCACCUGUCUGAAGAGAAGGAACAAUGGAUUGCGCAUGUACUUGCUUCUCCUCAUCCCUGCUGCCAUGAUCCUCUUCCUCGUGUCAGCAGGUAGCGAGAACGAUGUUGCAUACUUGUACUCCAAGGACAAUCCCCUAAAUUGGACCUACAGCACAUACAGUUACUACUUCGGGGUGAAGUACGGACUGGGGGCACUGUCCCUCGUGGUCAUCGUGCCCAUCUUGAAACGAUUGUGCCACUUCGUAGACAUUCAUGUCUGCAUUCUUGGAAUCCUGUCCAAGCAAGCUGGAUUCCUGCUCCUGGCAUUCAGCACUAACACCCCAAUGAUGUUCUCAGUUGCCCUAUUGGGAAUGAUGGGAAGCUGCUCCAUUGCUGCAGUCCGGUCGCUCUUAUCCCAGCUGGUUGAACAAGAAGAAGAAGGGAAAAUGUUUGCGAUGGUGGGAGCUCUGGAGAUGGUUUGCACUCUCUUGGGAUCUCUCAUCUUCAAUGGUCUCUACCCCGCCCUGAGGGACAUUGUCCGAGGACUCAUCUUCCUCAUCUCUGCUACCUCUCUUCUAGUCUCCCUCUUCAUACUCAUGUUCCUGCAUUGGCACAUGAGACGAAAAGGCUUUUACCGGUCGAUGGACUCGGAUGCGUCCCGCCUCCCCGAGAUUCCCUGCGACUGACGCCGGAUAUUUUCGACCCCGGAUCGUUCCCGUUAGCAGGUUGUGACAAAAACCAUUCUCGCAUCUCAUUUGUCCUUGGCGUCUUUGCCAAGCCACUUAUCUCCUCUCCCCCGUCUUCGGCAUCAAAUCGUUGCACGCAUCCGUCGGCUGGUCUUGGGAGGAAGCCAAAUUCCUCCCGUUAUCUUUCACCGGUUGCAUCUCUGCCUCCCACGACACGACCCACCCUGCGAACGACCCAUCCUACGAACCGUGACGACCUGCCCGCGAACUGUGAUCGUCGACCCAGGGCGUUUUUUUUUAGGAAUAAAUAACGUUUUAC